GCUGUUCUCCCCGCGACCACGACCACCGCGCGUUACUCGUUAUCGCCUGACCUUCCUUGUUCUUUACCUCCACCAUCCCCGAGCCCCAGUGAACUUCUCGCACAGCACUCAGAGCUGACAUCAUGGCCAUCGAAGUCUUACCACUGCCCAUUCCCCCGACCGCCGAUCCCGAGAAACUCAAGGACUUCGGGAGAGAGGUCAAGGGCGUGAACCCGGGCGCACUGAGCCCGGAGGAGUUCAAAGAAGUCCACGAUCUCCUGUACAAGCACGGUGCGCUCUUGUUCCGAAACGUGGACCUCACGCCUGAGCAGCAGUAUGCGCUGACGAAGGCGUUUGAUCCCGCUUCCGAGAGCUACGGUCACGGAAACAAGAAGACUGAGGGCGAGAAGAAGUCUAUCCUGCACCCUGACCUGAAGACGAUUCCUCGUGUUCCUCAGGUGCAGCUCAUCGGCAACGGCACUGUUUACAACCAUGAGGGCCUCGCUGAGGCAAUGCUGAAGCACCCCUCGCACACAACCUUCCAUAAGACGAGGGUCUCAGCAGAGGACGAAGAGAAGGGCUAUACUCGCUACUACCGCUGGCACAUCGAUGCUGCACUGUAUGAUCUUUCUCCUCCGAAGGUGACUACACUCUACGGUGUGACCGUCCCACAGGGACCCCACCAGACCGUCCGCUAUGAUGACGGCACGAGCGACGAGCUUGAGGUUCCUCUGGGAACCACGGCAUUCGUCAGCGGCAAGACGAUGUUCGAUAUUCUUCCACCGGAGCUCAAGAGCGUCGCGGUCCGGACGAAGGUCAAGUACGCGCCGCAUCCAUAUGUCUGGAUGGCCCCUGCACGCGCUCUCCCGACCGGACUUGGGAUCCUGUCUGAAGGUCUCGAGAUGUCGUACGACGAACUUCCGCCAUGGGAAGAGUCUAGGAUCAAGGUCCUGCCAAUGGUAUGGAAGAACCCAGUCACUGGACACCUGCACUUCCAAGUGCACCCUUGUGGGGUGUCCGAGCUAUUGAUUGACCCGCUCCCGGAGGGCACGAAGCGAGAGGGUGCGCUCUACCCAGAUGGUGCACGCCUGGCAGACCUCAAGGAAGUCAGAGAGCUUCUGUACAAAAUGCAGCGUCCUGCGAUCGCCCCCAACCUUGUGUAUCCUCACGACUGGCACGAGAAGGAUCUUGUUCUCUUCCACAACCGCGGUGUCCUUCAUACUGUCGUCGGCGCCUUCAAGAAGGAUCAGGUCCGUGCCUUCCACCAGUGCAACCUGGCUGCCUCCGAUGACCCCGCCGGCCCAAGCGCGGAGGACGUCAAGACGUGGGCGUAAGCUGCUUUGCGCAGCCUGGCGACGAUGCAUCGGAGGUGCCAUUUAUGUCACAAUAUCUGCAUUGUAGUGUACACAACAUCGUCGGUUUCGAGUGUCACGGACAACUUGAGUGCAAA